AUGGAAAGCCUAUCUCCACUGACGUCAUCGUCCUGGGCCGCACCAACCUACUCAUUGCCCAAGCUCAGCCCAGACACUCUGGGGUCUACGUGUGCCGAGCCAACAAGCCUCUCACACGUGACUUUGCCACCGCUGCCGCUGAGCUGCGUGUGCUAGAAUUGAAGGUGCGGGCACGGAUGGAGUCCCUGGUGGUGUCAUGGCAGCCACCCCCUCACCCCACCCAGAUCUCUGGCUACAAACUCUACUGGCGGGAAGUAGGAGCUGAGGAGGAAGCAAAUGGCGAUCGUCCACCAGGGGGCCGUGGAGACCAGGCUUGGGAUGUGGGUCCUGUCCGGCUCAAGAAGAAAGUGAAGCAGUAUGAACUGACCCAGCUAGUCCCUGGCCAGCUCUACGAGGUGAAGCUUGUGGCCUUCAAUAAACACGAAGAUGGCUACGCAGCCGUGUGGAAGGGGAAGACGGAGAAAGCACCCACACCAG